UGAAUUUCGAUGGCUUGAACUUCACUCUAAUAAAGAUGAUCCGCAUAUUCCCGAAUGGCUUUUUCUACAAAAUUUGCGGACUUUGAGACUUGAAGGUGUAUCACCUGCGAGAUUACUGGUUCCACUCAAGUUGAAAGAGCUUCAUUGCUCCUUUGGUUACCUUAAUCAUACAGGCUUCACACAAGAUAAGAGCAUGAGAGAUAUAGACCAACAGCUGAGUUCAUUUGGAAAAUUAAAAUAUCUGGAAAGCCUGCAGCUAAAUUUUGGAUCUAAACUCUUCACAUGGAAUUGCUUCCUAAAAUCUGUAGGAGAAUUCACCAAUCUGAAAACCUUAGAGUUGACGUCCUUUCAGCUAGGAGGGAAAUUUGCUUUAAGCAAUAGGAGAGAGUCAACUUAUUGUAUGAGAAACCUUGAAGUCUUAACUCUUUGUGAUGGACUCAAAACAAGGAUGGUUUCAAUUUGUGGACAGUUUUGUCCCACCCUUAAAUCUCUUAAGCUUUAUUCUAUGAGAGAUCUAAGUGAAGUGGAUUUAACAGGGGUAAGCACACUGGAAUGCCUGAUGCUGGUGGGAUGUGGAAAGCUGAGAAAUGUAUUGGGUAAUGAUGAUCUGGUAAAUCUUGAAAUAUCCAAAAUAAAAUUAUGCCGGAGAAUGCGAGAGUUACCAAAGUUUGGGUCUGUCAGUUGUCUUAAGAGUAUCUAUAUUAGUCGCUGUCGGAACCUACAGGAUAUAUCAGCUAUUGAAAGAUUGAAGGGAUUGCAGAGGAUCUGGAUUGCAUAUUGUCCAAAGCUCAAGAGCAUAAAAGCUAUUGAACAACUGAAUGGAUUGAAGAGAAUCUGGAUUGAGGCAUGUAGAAAGCUGCAGGAUGUAAUUUGUUUUCAAGAACUGAAGGGGUUGAAGAGAAUCUUCAUUGGGGGUUGUACAAGGCUGCAGAAUAUACAAGGCAUUGAAUUUUUAUCAUGCCUGGAGAGCAUUAUCGUUACUGGAUGUCCGAAGCUGCAGAAUAUAAAGGGCAUGGGUAUUGAAAAAUUGAAGGGAUUGAAUCAGAUGAUUAUUUCAGAUGGUCCUAUAAUAAGUAGCGUAGAAAGUUUGAAGAGAUUGCCCCGGGAGCUUACAAUUCUAGUGGGGAGACCGGCCAUGUCAGAUGUGAUCGCAGAUGAAGAUGACUUAACAGGAAGAUCGGCCAUGUUAUUUUUAAACGCAGACAAAAUUUUCAACACUUUGUCUAUGGCGGAUGGUUUCUGUGAAACAGAUGGUAAAUUCGGGCUUGGAGAUGGAGUAGAGGAGAUGAUCCAUUCGUUUCAUAUAAAAACCCAACAUUCUCUCAGUACAUUCAUCUUUUGCGCUAUACUUGAUGGGUUUCCUUGCAUAGGGAGCGAUAUCUGUAAUGGGAGCAGGAUUAUGCUUAAGAACUCGUAUCGUUACCUAAGACCUACAUCUCUCUCUCGUGGUGAUGGGAAGUGGAUAUAUAUGUGUGUGGUUUAUGAAGAAAUGAUGUCAAAAUAUGACUCCUGGAAGCCAUCAAAUGAUAGUUGUAUUAUAGGCAAGGCGUUUUUAAUGGGAGUGAAGGCAGGCGAAGAAAGCAAAACCAUCGACAUAUUGCAAAGCCUAUUUGCUCAACUAUGUGUUGGCAAUAGCGAAUGGAAAGAUACUGACUAUGAUGAUGCUGUUGAUGAAGAUGCUGAUGAUCGGAAUUAUAAUGAACAUUGUGUUGACUAUGAUGACUUGGCUGGAUACGCUGAUUAUGAUGAUUUGGCUGAGUAUGAUGACGAGGAUGAAGAAUAUGGUAGUGAUGAGCAUGAUGAUAGUAGUUGCAUCAGUGUUCAACCUGUGGAGUCUACCUCAUCAUUCCGUGGAAGAGAGCAGGAACCAGAAUCUCCCGACGUAAAUAGAAAAUCCUCCUUGACUACAGAACAGUUUGUGGAGUCUACCUCAUCAUUCCGUGGAAGAGAACAGGAACCAGAAUCUCCUGAUGUAAAUAGAAAAUCCUCCUUGACUACAGAUCAGUUUGAUGUAUUCAUCAACCAUCGACGAUCAGACGUCCAAACGAGUCUGGCUGGGCAGCUUUACAAUACUCUAAGGCAAGCUGGGAUCCGGGCAUUUCUAGAUUCUGAGGAGCUUGAAUUGGGAAAUUCCUUCCCUUCCACCAUAAAUAAUGCCAUAUCCUCUGCCGCAGUGCACAUAACCAUCUUAUCACCGGGAUAUGCAGAGUCUGCUUCGUGCCUAGUUGAGCUAGCUUUGAUUUUUAAAACCAAGGCUACAAUUAUUCCCCUGUUUUACCAUGUUCAGCCUUCAGACUGCCGCUCAGACUUCCGCUACAUCAAAAAUAAAGUUAAAGAGGCAUUUUCCAAACAUGAGGGCAGAUAUCCUAGUCAUGACAUUCAACAGUGGAAAGAAUGCCUCCAGAACGUUGCAGGGAUCAGGGGUUACGAACUCAACGGACAGAAUAAUGAUGCGGAUUUGCUGUGUAAAAGCAUAUUGUCCGUUGUGAAGAAAGAGGUAGAAAAUCCAAAGCUGGGACUUGAUGAGUUUGUAGAAGAUUUCGAAAAGCACUGCCAGCAAGAGAGGGGAUUGAAGGAUAAUAUAAUUGGCAUCUACGGAAUGGGAGGGUCUGGCAAGACCACUCUCGCAAAUGAAUUGUUCAAUCGAAAGCGUUCCAAAUACGUGAGAUCAUGUUCUUUGUUCGGUGUGCGGGAAGCAUCUGUAAACGGUGAUUUGACUUCUUUGCAGACUAAGCUCUUGGAUGAUCUGUUUUACCAAAAUUUUCGUAAAAUUUCUAGUACAGAAGAAGGAAUCAGAUAUAUCAAGCGUUGUCUGGGAAGGAAACCCUCUCUGAGAUUCCUUUUAGUUAUAGAUGAUGUUGACCAAAAGAGCCAGUUAGAUGCCUUAUUGUCCAUAGAUACCCUCAAUUCAAAUAGCCUGGUCAUUAUCACAACCCGUGACGAGAGAAUUCUAAUAGAGGCUGGGAUUCGUGUUCGUUAUAAGGUGAAGGGAAUGGAUCAACAGUAUAGCCGGCAGCUCUUCUGUAGGCAUGCAUUCCAUAAAACAGAUCAUGAAGACGGGGACAAGGAUUUAGUCGAGUGCUUUGUGAAAGAGUGUGGCGGCUUACCCCUGUCUCUUCAAGCAUUGGGUGAACAUGUUUCAGAUAGUUCCAAGAAAGGUUGGAAGUCAGAAUUGGCUGAAUAUAGGAAAAGGUUACCCGAUAAAAUUAAAAAUAGACUUAAAAUAAGCUAUGAUUCGCUGGAAGAGGAGGUAAAACAAAUUUUUAUGGACAUAGCGUGCUUUUUCACAGAGAAAGACCAGACUAUAGCUACCAGAAUAUGGAAGGCUUCUGGGUGGAAUGUGGAACAUGCACUUCAGAUACUGAGAGAUAAAUGUCUCGUUGAGGUGAUAAAACAAGAUUGUUGGAACGAAAUUACUGAUGAAGAGUCAGCUGCUUUUGUUUUCAAAAUGCAUAAUCACCUCCGAGACUUGGGGAGAGAAAUGGCAGAUGCUGGAAAGAUUCUAGACCCUGAAUAUGAGGCCUUGACGACAUUCAAAGCCAUCUUUGAACAAGCUCAGGAGCAACGCCACAGAUGUUUCAAUUCCAUUAAUGACGAGUCCAUUUCGGACAAGUCCAUUACAUAUUUUAUUGGAAAUUUAGAAAAAUCAACUAAUCUACAAUGGCUUGAGCUUAAUGGAAGCGAGAGCAUUCCUUCAUGGAUUCCCCUGGAAAAGUUGGAGGGUUUAAGGAUUCGAGGAAGAUUACCCCGGAAAUUGUGGGACGGCCCCCAGGGCCCCCCCUUGCAGCUAAAAGAGCUGGUUUGCAAAUUUACCAACUGUGGCUGGAUGGAAAAGGCGAUGCUUCGGAGAAAUUGGAAGGAAAUUUCAAAUUCAUUAGGAAUGUUAAGUAGGCUAGAAAGUCUGGUUCUCCAACUAGAGUCUCAAGAAAACAGGAAAGAUAUUAUGAUUGAAUGGGAUUCCUUCGUGGAUUGUGUAGAAACACUUAACUGUCUUAAAACAUUGGGUUUGUCGGGUUUGUAUAUAAAUGGGGAAAUAGCUUACCCUAGCAAGGAGACAACUGAUUCUAAGCUUAGCCUUGAAUCCUUAACUCUGUCUCAUAUAGGGCACACAUCCAAGGUCUCAAUUAGUGGUCCUUCUCUCAAAUCUCUUAAGCUUAAACAGAUGGAAGAUUUAAUUGAAGUAAAUUUAUCAGGGCUAGAAACAUUGAGAUGUUUAGAGUUGAUCCAAUGUGAUAGGUUGACUGAAGUACGGGCCGAUGAUCUGCCCAAACUUGAAAUGUUAAGCGUAGAGAGAUGUUGGGAGAUAGAAAAGUUGCCAAAUCUUAGUAAUUCCCAAUGGCUGGAGAGGACCAAGAUUACGUGCUGUGAGGAGCUGGAAAAUAUAAUAGGUAUUGAAGAAUUAAGCUUGGUGGAGAACAUUACCAUUACGUGUUGUCCGAAGCUGCACAGUAUAACAGGUUUAGAAUGCUUGAAGGGAUUGAAGUAUAUGAUUCUUUCAGAUGGUGCUAUACUGAGCUGCGUUAGUGAGUUGCAGGAAUUGCCAUCAGAGUUUACAGUCGUAAUGGGGAAAGCGGCUCCAUCCUUUCCAAAGGCAGCUGAAAUGGCACGUAUAAUUGGUGCUUUAGAUGACUUUCAGGAAAUUUCGUCAGAGUCUACAGCAGUAACGGGGAGAGCCCGUCCAAAGGCAAAUGAAUUGAUAGAUAUAGCUAAUGCUUUACAUGAAUUUGAAUUACUAAAUGAAUUAAUACAGAUAAUUGAAUCUGUCAUUACUUGUUCUAAUGUCUUUGAACAAAAUAUUUCUAAAAUAUUCUUUUAUUGGUUUCCGAUGUACCGUGAUUUCAGGUACUUUCUUCAGAGUCAACAACAGUAACGGGGAGAGCAGUCACAUCCUUUCUAAGUACAGUUAAAAUGACGGAUAUAGCUAGUUCUUCAACUGUAACUGAGGAAUCGUCAGAGUCUACGUUUGUGAGUAAAGCACCCACAUCCUUCCUAAAGGCCGAUGAAGAUGAAAUGUCGGUUAUAGGUGACCCUUUAAUUGAAUCUCAUUCCAGUAUAGCUGAUGCUUUAAUUGAAUUUCAUUCCAGAGAAGAAGCAUACACUGGGCUCCAGUUAUUAUCAGAGAAAAUGCAACAGUCGCUAAGUGCAGUCAUCUUAUGCGCUAUGGUUGACGGUGAAGAUUAUGGUUCCAAGUACAUGGUUGAGGGCAGACCUUCCCAGACCAUAGAUCUCAGUUGGGCAGGAGGAAAGUAUAUAUAUACGAUUCUGGUUACCAACCCAAAACAAAUAUACAGUGCAAAAGAUUUCAGUUGGUUGCCAACCUCUUGUGAAAUAGAGAAUGGGUAUAUACUUCCAGUGAACCAAGGCGAAGAAUCGGAAACCUUGAGAAAACUGAAAAGGCUAACUGCACGACUGUAUUGAACUGCUACUUUUGAAUCGUCUGUUGAGGCUGUAAAAGGUAUUUAUACGGGCAAAUGAAAGCAAAUUCCGAAUCAAUUUGGCUCUUUUGAGAUCCUGUAUGUUUAAAACAAGUUAUUAACCUUGGAGGAAUGCUGUAUGCAGGGGGGAAUUUGUUUAUUGUUCAAUUUUUGAAGUCUUGAGAAAGCGCUUUUUAUUUCUUA